CACAUGACUGCUUAAAGAUCAUAUGAAUACGAAGAAAUUUUCAUUGUUAGACUGUGAAGAUCGACGUCGUUUUUUUUUUCUUAUGGAACAGAAGUGUACAUAAUUGUGUUUUUAUUUUUUUUUCAAACGAAUACAAUUCCAUUUUCUAUUAGUUUUCAGUUCCUAAAUACUCAUUUAUUUUUUUGGGAAUAUUGGAGUGUGUUGGGAAAAGAGGAAACUAACUAGAAAAAACGACAUGAAGUCUGUGGCUGCGUUAUUGUGUCUUUUGAGUUUGGUCAUUGCUGAACAAGCUCCCGUGUUUCUUUGGGGCGUCAACAGCGAGGCUAAACCUGCAUUAACAACUGUAUCCAAAACGGAAUUUUCUGAGAUUGUUGCUUCGCAGAAAAAAGAUAACACCUUGGUUGUGUUUCUCGAAAAUGGCUUGACCACAAAAGACUUUUCAUGCACCAACGCCCUUACAUCAAAGUCGUGCUACGCACAUUUGCAAGAAGUCCCCGAAAAAACCUUCUACGCCUCGGUUGAAGAUCCAGUCGAUGCAUUGAAAUCUAUUGGUGAUUAUGAGUACAAUUCCGUGGAUGCCACAGGAAAGCUGAGCAACAAUUUGGAAUUAAACGAAGGCAAAGUUGUAUUUGUUACUUUUGAUGAUCAGUCAGAAUCGAACCGGGCUGCUUGUUUGGAGUCGCAUGAUUCUAUAAUCACAUCGAUUUCCAAGCAAUUGAAUGGCAAGGCUAUUUUUGUGUACACAACUGCUCCACAAACAUCCUCAUUGGCUUUGAAACGUGAACGUCGCGCAGCUGCUGAUAGCAACGGUGUUGUUUUCCGAAGUGGUGCCGAAUUGUUGUUGUACUACACUACACUUACCGUAGAAAACAGCAAAGACAAAAGCACAACCACUUUGACACCAACUAGCAUGCUCGUGACACCAACAAACGCAACAGCUUUGUCAGUUACAUUGACAACAACACCGCAAUUGACAUUUGACGUAACAUUGUCUGGUGGAUAUUUCUUUAUGACUAAUGUCAAAUGGAAUGACAUCUCGUUCCGCAGUAAUGAUGUUUAUGCUCCCACUGACUUCUCGUACUUCUGCGGAAAUUUAACUCUAUAUGGCAAAGGCACUGCCGAAGAACCAAGCACAUACACCUUACAUUGGAAUUCUCUGCAGUUCCAAGCACCAUUUGGAAGCACUACGAAUAAAGAUUUCGUGUUUGGAGAUGCAUGGCACUGCGUUGGUUUCUUCACUGGUGGAAUCUUAUCUGGCCUUUUGAUUGUUGCCCUUUUAUUAACCAUCACAUUUGUGGGUGUUUGCUGGAUGAUGGAUAUCAACACCAUGGACAGGUUUGACGAUCCCAAAGGAAAGACAAUUACAAUUAAUGCUUCCGAGUAAAUA